UGGGUAUUUAAAUGGAGAUCUCUCAAGCUAUCGGCCCUCACGCUGGCGGUUUAUGCAGUGGUCACAUUUCUGAAUACGGAGUUUGUACUAUUCUCAACGAACCCAGCAGAGAUAUGUUUGACGCUGGUUUGUGCAGUUGGAGCACUUUGCUCUUACCCACUCUUGUACAAUGGCCUGUUGCAACGUUCGGUACGGAACUAGAUUUUAAAUCUGUUGCGUUUGUGGACCAGUUGAGUACGGACCUCAAUACCCCGGAAGCAAACACUGUACAAGCAACUGCGUUUAAAACCAUCAAUGUCUUGACUCUCCUCAGUGGUAUUACUGCGGUUGACAUUCAAGGAGGUGUGCAAACGAGUAGUAUGUUCAGCUUCAACGGAGUUUCAUACAAUCAGUCGACUGGUGGGGUUCUUCCUGCGAUAGAGGAAUACUCUGGAUCGUCAAACCCGCCGGGUCCUGAUGUUGGCUUAGCGUUUUCUGGGGGACGAGUACCAGUUAAUACCAGUUUUGACUGGGGACACCUCGGACGCGAUGCAGGCACUCAAGGGGUUGCGAAGAACUACACUGUUACACAGCAGGGUGUCUCAGCAAAUGUUACAUGCCAACCGAUGGACCGCAGUCAAAAUGCAUUUAGUGUCUACCCAAUAGCGACGGAAGCCGUUGCAAAUUGUUCCAGAAAUCUACUUCACUGCUGGCAACUUGAAAGGUCAAAUUAACAAUGCAACCGACGGAUUGCUCCCCGUUGUUGUAUGUCCAGACCCAAACUCGACGACAUUCAACCCAUAUAAGUUUGGUGCGGCUUUUUUUAUAUUCCUUCGGUGUCUUGUGAGUAAACUGUCUGCAGAUGUUUUUAUGACUGGCUUGUACAAGUAUGGCUUUCUGCCAACGACCGUUUGCG